AUGUCGUAUUCUGAGGAGAACGAACGUGGAAAGUUCGUGGCAACGUCUAUCAACCUUCAGGCCACUGGCGCUGCAAUCGGUGGCUUGAUCCCUCUGAUCAUCAAUCAUGACAAGGCAACCAGCGCUGGAGUCCCUCCAGCCGUCUACAUCGUUUUCAUCGUCAUGGAUUUUGUUGGCUGUGCGUUGGCUUUUCUCCUGCGCCCGCCCGAAAAGGUAGUGAGAGAUGAUGGAACCAAUAUCGCCGUGGUCAAGGCCCGUCCAUUCUGGGAAGAGUUCAAAGGUAACCUCGAGGCUUUCAAAGAUUGGAGGAUGAUCGUGAUGAUUCCUGCCUUUGCUGUCAGCGAAUGUUUCCUCGUCUACGGUGGUAGCGCAAACGCAUUCCGCAACAGUCUCCGAGCUCGAAGUCUGCUAGGGUUUUGCUCUGUGACGCUCCAAAUCAUAUGCGGUUGGGCUCUGACGCUGCUCCUUGACAACGAGAAACUGCGUCGUAGAACCAGAGCCCAGAUUGGUCUCGUCAUCACUGGCAUCCCGGUCAUGGCCGCGUAUAUCUGGGAGAUGAUACGGACGCGCCAUUACGACAGGAAUAACCCUCCGUCGCCUCCCCUGGACUGGAACGAGCCCGGAUUUGGUCCCAUCUUCGUCCUGUUCAUGUUGAACUGGGUGUCGUGUUCGCUCUUCCAAUACAUGAUUCUUUACUUCUUGGGUUGUUUCACGAACAAUCCUCGAGGUGCUGCCAAUAAUGCCGGCGUUUUCCGAGGAUUCAUGGCCGCAGGAGAAGCCAUCGACUUUGGCGUCGACAGUAUGGGCGUGCCUUUUCUCAAAGAAUCCGGGGCUCUCUUCGCGUUCUACACCGCCGGGGUCAUCGCGAUGGGAUACCUGGCGCUCUUCCAUAUUGACGAGACCAAGUACUUUACCGAAGAGGAAGUGACGAUUCCAAAACAUGUCCAGGAAGAGCACGGCCAGACAAUGGUCAUUGAGGGAACGACCAAGGGCACUUCUGAGACCACCACGGAUGAGGAGGCCGCGGGGGGAAAGGAAGCCACUGGUGUCGCGGAGGAGAUCAAGGUGUGA